AUGAAACCUGGACUUCACGAAUCUAUUGAGAGGUGGCUGUUAAUGCCAGCGACCAAAGAAGAACAUAGACUGGAAAUCCCUAUACCCAAUACAUUACGGCAGUUGAAGCCAACCCACGCCCACUCUGGUGACAAACCGGCCGGGCACCAGCUCGCGGAACCAACAUACAAUACCAAAUUAAUUAAAAGUUCUACGCUUUUGUUUCAUUUAACUUUAUUAUCUUCCAUUGUUUUCAGUGACUGUGAUACUCUUACUCACCUCCUGAAGGCCUCCCUUGGCUCAGGGAUCUUGUCAAUGCCAUUAGCUUUCAAGAACACAGGAGUCGCCCUUGGUGUCUUCUGUACCAUCUUAGUAGCAGUUGUCUGCACACAUUGUUGUUAUAUCAUUGUAAAAUGUGCACAUGUAUUAUAUUACAAAACAAGAGUUCCAGCAAUGAGCUUUGCUGAUGUCGGGGAGUCAGCAUUCGCUAAUGGGCCUCCAUGGGGAAGAAAAUUCGCUAAAGUGGCAAGGAUCGCUAUCCAGCUUGGACUGUUUUCUGCCUAUUUUGGCACCUGUAGUGUCUACACAGUCCUCAUUGGCACCAACUUUGAGCAGGUGGUAGAGUACUACUUUGAUGUACAACUCGACCUUCGAGUCUACAUUAUAGCUCUGUUACUACCUCUGAUCCUGCUGAGCUGGGUGCCUAAUCUCAAAUCUCUAGCCCCGGUGUCAAUGGUGGCUAAUCUGUUCAUGGGACUUGGACUCGGCAUCACCAUCUACUAUCUGGUCCAGGAUAUGCCUUCACCUCGUGAGCAGCCACAGUUCAACAUCGUAGGCAUCCCUGCCUUCUUCAGCAUCUGCAUCUUUGCUAUGGAGGCCAUUGGAGUCAUUAUGCCCUUGGAGAAUUCAAUGACCCAUCCCCAACACUUCACCGGGCUCUGCGGUGUCCUAAACCAGGGAAUGAGUGGUGUCACACUGAUAUACAUUCUCAUGGGAUUCCUUGGAUAUGUCAAGUAUGGAGAUGCAACAGCAGAUAGCAUCACACUCAACCUGCCAACCGAGGAGUGGCUGGCACAAUCAGUCAAGGUAUUGGUAGGUCUGGCUGUGUUCUGUACAUACGGGUUGCAGUAUUACGUCUGCCUGGACAUUGUAUGGUCAGGACUCAAGGAUAGAUACUCCAAGAAUGCACGACUAGCGGAAUACGUGGUCCGGACAGCUCUGACAGCCAUCGCUGUUUUCCUGGCUGUAGCAGUCCCCUCCAUUGGUCCAUUCAUCGGACUCAUCGGAGCCUUCUGUUUUUCCCUCCUCGGUCUCAUCAUCCCCAUUCUCAUUGAGAUCAUCACCUACUGGGACAUUGGCUUCGGCCCCUGUAAUUGGGUCAUCUACAAAAACAUUCUGGUUUUCAUAUUUGGCUUAUUUGCUCUUGUGUUUGGCUCCUACACUAGCAUCCGGGACAUCGUUACACUGUACAGUCCCUCCGACAACAUGAACAGUACGAUCGGUGCCAAUACAACAGAGAUGUUAGAACUGCUAGAGAAUACCCUGACACCAUUAAACACAUCUGAAAUUAUCAACAACACGCUUGCAGCUGUAACCAACCUAACUGACUCCUUUUCAUAGGAACAUGUGUUUCUAGGUUUCCUUUUACAUUCUGAAAACACUACAAAAAGGUGUUUAAAUUUAAGAAUUCCAAAAAAAGUAUAUUUUAAUGUUUUAUGAUUUAAUAUUUUUAGUAUAACUUUUGACUAUAUAAAUGAGUUAUAGUCGAGGAGCCAAGAGUCAGUUUGUAUUGUAUAGGCACAGAACAUGUUUUUUUUUUUUAAUUUCCAUAGAUAAAAUUCUUUUAUGAAAGAAAUCAAUAGUCAACCUCACUAGUUUUGGCAGAAGUUGAAAUGGGAGGUUAUCAAAGGAAUUAAAAAUACUGUAUGAAACAAUAUUAUUUUUAGAUAAUAUUUUUCUUAGUGUAACACACUCAGCAACACAUAUGUCAGACACAUACAGUAAGUAAAUGUUAAAUCAGUGUUAGCUAACCAUAUACAGACCGACUAUUUGGCUGAAAAUGGCAACCUCAGUCUGUUUAUUUCAUGUCUGAGGGUGAUAUAUUGUAUGGUGGUCAUUUUUAAUUGUAUCAUGAAAUUAUGAUCUGAGAAAAACAUUAUUUUAUAAUAUGUUUAAUCCUUUUGAUACUCUCCCAUUCCUAUCUUCACCAAAACUAGUGCAGCUGAUGACAAAUUUCUUUCUUAGAAAAACCAAGUUGUGUGGUUAUGCAGUACAAAUUGGCUCUUGGCUCUUAUACUAUUAUAAUUAACUAACCGUGAUGUGGUGAUACAGUAUUAAAUAAAUAUUAUCCUGGAGAUUGAUGUAAUCUAUUACAUAACAUUAUCCAUCCUUAAAUAAAUAAGAAACUUAUCUGAAAAAGUGAGUUAUCUUCUAAAUUCAAUUUUGAAAUUAAAUAUAGAAUUUGAAAAGCAGUAAAGUAAAAGUUUAAAUUUUACAAAACAUAUAAUAAUAUUGAAUAUAAAAUCAUUUCAAAGUCUUUUUUUAUAACACUUAUUUUAAUAGUAUGUCUCAGAAAAAAUGAUAGACUGAAUGUACUUAAGGAUAUUACUAUAGUUUAUCAACCUUUUAUAUCAUCUACUGAGUCAAUGUAUUCAAAGAAGUUAUAAAUUUAAAGAAUGAAAAUAUUUUGUUCACAAAGUUUUAAAUCAAAAAGAGUAAUAUAAAGUUGUUGCAUACUUUAUUAUAUGGUAAGUUAUAAUUUAGGGUAAGAUGAAGAGGUUCCUUGAGAUAUUUUGUUUUGGUCAGUUGAUAAAUCAAACAAAAAGAAAACAUAUCAAAUCUGUUAUAGUGGUAGAACAGUGAUCUCGUCCAACUAGGUUAGGUUGUUGGUUGUUCUUAGACUUUUAUUUUUAUUGGUUCAGCAUGCAUGAGGACCUGAGGCAGUCGGUCGCUUUACUACACCCGAACUGUCUGAGCACACUAUACUGUUGUAAAACUCACACGAGGCUUGUACUCGACUUGAUGUUUAUGAAUAAGGUUUUCUAUACUCAUGUAAUACUUUCAGUAACAUCUUUAAUGCUAUCUAUUAGUAGAUACAUGUUUGGAUUUACACUUAUAAACAAAUUUAUUUAGAGCAUUCAAAAAAUGAGAGGAGAUAUUUUGGUAUAUUGUUAUGUAUGAAAAAAUAAACCAAACUCUUCCUAUAAUACGUUGGUUUAUUUCACUUUGUUUAGCAUCUGUAUGUAUUUUUAAUUAAAAAUUUCAUAACUCAGAAACAGUUUUAAGUCACAGCAUGGUAAAUUUGCAUGUUUGAAUGUCUUACUAGGAUGUUACUUCCAGCUAAGAGAAAAAUAUCUAUUGUUAAUAGUUUCAAAAGAGCGGCCUUUAUAAUAUUUUUCAACCUUACUUGUUACUUGUUAUAAAUGUAUAAUUAUCAAUGAAAUAAAUGUGUUUACUACUGGUGCAAUCCAAUCCAGUCAAUAAUUUAGCAGUGGAUUAGGGCCUCAAUUUUGAAACUAUUUAUAAUAGAUUUUUCUCCCAGCAAAAAGUAACAUCCUAAUAAAACAUACAAACAUGCAAAAAUACAAUGGCGUAACUUAAACGGUUCUGAGAUUAAUAUUUUAAUUAAAAUAGAGACAGACAGACGCUAAACGAAGUGAAAUAGACCAUAAUUCUAUAGAAACUAUUUUUUUAUUUUUACUAUUUAGUUAUAUCCCAAAAUAUUUUCCCAAAAUUUUUUAACAUUCUAUGUACACACUCUAAAUUGCUCACAUACAGGCAUUUGUGUAGAACACUGCAAUGGCAAUACUGAUCAAAUAACAGUAUUGUAGAUAUUUUUUAAUAAAAAAAACGUGUUUAUAAACUCUUUUUUUGUAAGACAGUUAAAGACACUAUACUUAGAUUUAUUCCAUUUAUUAUCUCCCAUUUAAUUAUGAAAUAGUGCAACUUGCUUUAGUAUCCUGAAAUGGGUGCAACCUCUUGUGUGUUGAGGCAUCAGUUGUAAAUUUGUACUUAAUAUUAUUAAGGUAACAUACAAUAAUUUGUUACGAGUAUAUAACUUUCCUUGGAAGUGGUACUUCUGUUUGUAUAAUUAUUAAUUAUUACAGUAAAAAUUUUUGUAACUUAAUGAACAGAAGUUUCAAGAACUAUGUUAUAUUCACACAUAUAUUUUUUAUUUAUUUUGACAAUUUGUGUACUUAAAAUUUGCAGAUGGAAUUCCAUAUUCUAAUGAUAUAAGGCCAUGCAAAAAUAAAUAUAAGGCUCUAGGCUAAAAUAAAUAGUCAAUCGUACAACUUUUCACUGAUUAGCUAUUUAAUUGAUCAACAUAGCUGUAAAUGUAUAACUUGGUAUUGAAUGACAAACAUUUGAAUUAUUAUACACAAUUUUUGUAAGGUGUGCUAUAGCAUAAAUAAUGACUUUAUACACCAAUUAAACAUCCAUUUACUGAAUGUUCAUAUUCCAUGUUUCACAAACAAAAAGGCUCUAGGCUAUCUACAAUAAGAUGCGUUCACAAAGUUCCUGUUGUAUUAGACUUUUAAGCUAACAGUGAUUGCCUUGUUGCCUUAUUAGAAUGUCAUUUUAUCUUAUUGUUAUUUUUAUAAUGUUUUUAUUUUGUAAGGUUCUUUAUAAACACAAAAUUUAUUUGUUCAUUUUUUUACAGUAAACUGUAAAUAUUUUUCAUUUGUAUGUAUGUAGUUAUCACUUUAUUAUAAUCUAAGAAAAUGUUUGAUAUAAAUCUUCUUCUACAAUGUGUGAAUUAAAACAAAUCCUUACUAAAAGGACUAGUUGGCUUUUGCCUUUAGAUUAACAUACCGGUUAUAUUGUAAAAAUUUAAUAAAAAAUAUAUUAUUAAACUGUAAAA